AUCAGCUGAGGGAUCCGAGAUGUCCGUUGACAGCGGCGGCGGCGGCCGCGCGGCCGGUUCCGGGUUCGGCGCGGGGCGGGGGAUGUGAAGCCGAUGGAGCGGCCGGGGGAAGGCGAGCAGCCGCCGCAGCAGCAGCCGUGGGGGAGACUUCUCCGCCUGGGCGCCGAGGAGGGCGAGCCGCACGUCCUCCUGAGGAAACGGGAGUGGACCAUCGGGCGGAGAAGAGGUUGUGACCUUUCAUUCCCCGGCAAUAAACUGGUCUCUGGAGAUCACUGUAAAAUUAUAGUGGAUGAAAAAUCUGGUCAGGUGUCGCUGGAAGAUACCAGCACCAACGGAACAGUAAUUAACAAGCUGAAGGUUGUUAAGAAGCAGACCUGCCCUUUACAGACUGGGGACGUCAUCUACUUGGUGUACAGGAAGAAUGAGCCGGAACACAAUGUGGCAUACCUCUACGAAUCCUUCCAUGAAAAGCAAGGCGUAACGCAAGACUCCUUCGAAGCUAAUAAAGAAAACGUGUUCCACGUGACCAAAGAUACCUCAGGUGCAGGGCGAGGCGACGACCCCCAGGAUCCCCAGGUCCUGCCAUCGCCACCCGCCACUCAGGUGUGCUUUGAGGAACCACAGCCAUCAACGUCCACAUCGGACCUCUUCCCCACGGCCUCUACCUCUUCCAUGGAGCCCACCUCUGCAGGGCGAGGGCCUCCCUCCAGCUCCGGCUCGAGAGGUGCAGACGUCUCCCCAAAAGGGUGUGGUCCAUCUGUGGCAAGUGAUGAAGUCGUCAUCUUCCCUUUGGCUCUCCCAGCAAGAGAGGGGGCGUCCUUUUCUCUGUCGGAACCCAAGGACCAGGAGGACUUGGAGCCCGUUAAGAAGAGAGUAAAAGCAGACGGGGAGCCCGCCCUGAACCUGCCCCUGGUCACGGACCCGGGCGGAGACCCCCACAGUACCCUCGACGUCAGAGCUGCGACCGUGAAGCCAGACAAGAUGGAGGAGACUCUCACGUGCAUCAUCUGCCAGGACCUGCUGCACGACUGUGUGAGCCUGCAGCCCUGUAUGCACACCUUCUGCGCUGCCUGCUACUCGGGCUGGAUGGAGCGCUCUGCCCUGUGCCCCACCUGCCGCUGUCCAGUGGAGCGGAUCUGUAAAAACCACAUCCUCAACAACCUGGUGGAGGCAUAUCUGCUGCAGCACCCGGACAAGAGGCGCAGCGAGGAGGAUGUGCGCAGCAUGGCCGCCAGGAACAGGAUCACGCAGGACAUGCUGCAGCCCAAGGUCAGGAGGGCCUUCUCCGACGAGGAGGGGAGCUCCGAGGACCUGCUGGAGCUGUCGGACGUGGACAGCGAGUCCUCGGAUGUCAGUCAGCCGUACAUCGUGUGCAGACAGUGCCCCGAGUACCGCAGGCAGGCGGGGCGGCCCCUUCCCUGCCCAGGGCCCGGCAGUGAGCCAGGGGCACCGCAGGCCCCUGGGGAUGCACCAUCGACGUCCGCCAGCAUCACGACAGCCCAGGACUACGUGUGUGCCCUGCAAGGAAGCCACGCCAUAUGCACCUGCUGCUUCCAGCCCAUGCCCGACCGGAGGGCGGAGCGCGAGCGGGACCCCCGCAUCGCCCCCCAGCAGUGUGCCAUCUGCCUGCAGCCCUUCUGCCACCUGUACUGGGGCUGCGCCCGGACCGGCUGCCUCGGCUGCCUGGCCCCGUUCUGCGAACUCAACCUGGGCGACCGGUGUCUGGACGGGGUGCUGAGCAACAACAACUACGAGUCGGAUGUCCUGAAGAAUUAUCUGGCCACCAGGGGUUUGACGUGGAAAAACAUGUUGACCGAGAGCCUCGGGGCUCUGCAGAGGGGAGCGUUCCUGCUGUCUGAUUACAGAAUCACCGGGAACACCGUGCUGUGCUACUGCUGUGGCCUGCGGAGCUUCCGCGAGCUGACCUACCAGUAUCGGCAGAACAUCCCUGCUUCUGAGCUGCCGGUGGCCGUAACGUCCCGUCCUGAUUGCUACUGGGGCCGCAACUGCCGCACUCAGGUGAAGGCCCACCACGCAAUGAAAUUCAAUCACAUCUGUGAACAGACGAGGUUCAAGAACUAAACAUCCAGGGAGGCAGCACAAUGGCUUGGGAGUAUUGCCGGUCAAUGACAGUGUCUCAGAAAAUACUGAAUACAGACGCUUUAAGAGCAUUUCACAGUGCCCCUCAGGGGACGCCGGGGGUCUCUGCUUCGGGCACUCUGGUGCGACCUUUCUCUUGUGGAGUGAGACCCUCUCGGCGAGAACCCCUACCAGUGGCGCCCAGAGCCCUGGGCCAGAGCAGGAGCUGUCAGCCGUCCCCUCCUGUUGAAGACGACCACAAGGUUUGCUCUCUGUACCUUUCGCACAGCCACGGUCAAAGCAGACGUCUCUCUUCAAGAAAAGUGCCCUGGGAGAAGAAGGGGAAUUUGUCAGAAAUGCUGUGCUGUUUGAGGGAAGGGAACAAAGUUUCCAGCUGGGGCGCACACAGCGGCUGACCUGUGCACUUUCAUAGGUUUGGUGCUCAUCUCCUAAGACGACUUAAAUAUCGCAAACUGUAGCACAAAUGAUAUAACUUAUAAUUUACAAGUUGACUAAAAUGGGAGAUAGUAUGAUAUUUGAAAGAAUAAGCAUAUGUUUCUGUUUAUAAAAGAAAAAUCAUCAGACGUCCAGGGACCCCAGCUCCAAGGGCAUGAUUGGGUCACUGCCACGCCGGGCUCCUCAGCACAACUGCAGCCCUGCCAACCUGUCCCGCCUUCUUCACUCCUCCCCUGCGGCUGGGGCCGGGGUGGCCCAGGGACCUGGGGUGCAGGUCGUCCCUGGUGGUGCCCCGGCCUGCCAGUAGCAGCUUCUUCCCACUGAGAGCUUCCACAAGUCCUUGCCCUUUCCGCCUGCUAUGGGUUUGCCGUGUCAUCUGGAAUAAUACUUGAAAUUUUGUUGUUUAAAAAAAAAAAGUUUUUUUAUCAGUUGUUGAAAUCACCCGUUAACGUUUGUUUGCAAAAUUGUACCUUUUUUGCUUCUUCUCAGGAAUACGAUUUUCAACUUUGUGUUGCUCUUGAUACAGACUCUGAGAAGCAGCGCUCCGUGGAAGAAGGCCUCCUUCCUGCGUUCUAAUAAACAAGCCGUGUCUGUUUCUCUCCCCGGCACGUUC